AUGCAUUGGUUGCUAUCAUUUAUACGUGAUGAAGCUACCUGGUUAUUACAAAUCGAAGAUCAUAACAUCCUUAAUACUCAAGACAUGCAAUCAGAAAUGAUCUCUUCUUUAACUGAACAACUUGGCAAAACUAAACGCACCUUAAUGUAUGAAGAUCUCGAAUUUUCUCGACUAGUGGAAGGAUUUUCUAAAAUUACGAAUAUUCCAAUAGGUCUUGGUUUUACUGAUGAUGAAAUUCUUACAGAACAAAAAUUACAAAGGUGUCAGAAUAUCCUUGAAUACGCCAUUCAUCACCCGUCUGAACACAGAUUACUCCAAAACAAGAUCAGAAUUCUGCUUGAACCGCGAGAUCUCGAAAGAUUUCGACCGAUACACGUACUAUUCAAGAUUUAUCGAUCCGAAUAUCCGCACCAAAUUAGUCCUUUGCUAAAUCAAUUGCGGCUAGCUCAAUUAUUUACAUAUGAAGAAAUUCAAUCGAUGUCAUUAGGUUCGUUUCUUUCAAGGCUAAUAUACAAUGAUGUCAUUGACGUGUAUUUGGAUCGUUUAGAGGUGGCUGAAUUGGAAAUAAAAUACGGACUUAAAAGUAGCCAAGAUGUUGGAAUUGAUCGUGAAGCGCGAACUGAUAUUUUUGACGUGUCUGUGACGGGGCUAAAGCAAUUGUUUGAAGAAUUUAUUUCUUUGGAAAAUAAAGACAUAAUCCUUACAUUAAUUGAGAUUGCUGAAUUAAUAAUAAAUGUUCCGUUUAAGUUUAUAACACGAAUUCUACUUGGCACGUUGUUUCUUUAUCAAUUCUGCGUGAAUACAAUCCAAGCUAUUGAACUGACGAAGAUUAUCAAUUUCAAGGAAAUAAACAGAUUAUUCCUCGACAUUUGGAUUAGUGCAUUCACUCGGCUUAUGUCUCAGCCGACAUCAACAUCGGAUAUCCAUGAUAAUCUUUUGACACUCACAACAUUGUUUCUUUAUUCUUUUAACGCCACUAUGGUAUGUACUUGGUUACCACCUUUUAACAAUUCGAAAGAUGACACUAUGAAACCUCCUAUGAUGGUUUUUACGCCAUUUUUGGAUAGUUUGCUUAAAAUUUUUCAUAAAGUGGUGUCGGAUGAUGUUGAAAACAUGGAUAAUGAAAAUAUGAUUACUAUGAUAUUAGAUAAACUUGGAUUUGAUGUGCCAUUGGAGGUUUUGAUCCGAGAAUCAAAAGGGUUGGAGAAGAUUACAAGUCAAAAUAUUUGGCUGGCAGUAUUUGCAGAACGUUUUAAUAAUAUUAACUCUCAAAAAUGA